AUGACAUUUAAACGCAAAAGGAACGUGAAACUGGAUGUGCUUAAGGCCUAUAACGUAUUCGAGUUGAAUACGUUUAACGAAGACGAAAUAGAAGACUACGAGGAAAACAAGGCUACUGGUAUGGAGGAAGAUGAGGAGAAAGAGGUGCACCUGCAACAGGUAAUGAAGGGAAUAGGAAGUGAAAUACCACUACCAGUGAUAAAAGAGAUACGCAACACAGGCAGAAACAAGUACAAACAACAAGAAAUCAAAAAUUUUAUUAACGACCAGAGGGAUGUAGAAAACAGGUUUAUUUUAGACAAAGCUGAGCAAAAAGAGCUCAAAAGCAUUUUGAACGAAAAGGACCCACUGGCUGAGGAGAAGGAGAGCUUCCUGGUCAACACCAAAGACAUAGAACUAAUCAAAGAACACAACAUCAACCAAAUGACUGAAAAGCAGUGCCUUGAUUUUAAGGAGGCAAUAAAAGUAUUGGGCUCAGAUAUUAAGCACCUGAAUUGCAUCAAAAACAACAAAUUUAUUGCAUUUGUUCUAAAGAAGUCACUUAUACACUAUGAGAAACAUGGAUUUGAAGCAUAUACGUGUUUCAAACCACGUAUUGUGGAACCUAAGAUAAAAUCAAGAAAGAAUGAAUCAAACACGACAGAGAAGCUGGUACAGAUGCAUAAGGAAUUCUUGUUUCUUUUGAAAGGAUGCGAGUUGAUGGCUGAGAAAGUAGAAAAGGAGGAGGAAGCAGUAACCAGCACAUUAAAACUGAUAAAUGAUUUUGGAGGGAUAUUCAAUAAGAAGAUAAGAAUGAAGCUUGAGACAAAACAGGAUACGCGGGAAGCAUGUGACCUGUUCUACCAGCGCAAGAAGCCGAAAAAGAACGAAGACAAGAAUGUAUUAAUAAGCAAAGAAAUAUUAAACAAAAUAGACAUAGAAGAAAAGAACGAGAACGAAAGUGAGAUCAAAGAGAAAAAGGCACAUUCAAAAACAUUCAGUAACAGGUUUGUGUGCGAAUUAGAAUAA